UGAACAUUAAGUCGGUAACAAUAGAUGCAGGCUCUUGUGGUGCAGCAGUGUUGCCCUUACUUCUGGCCCUGAAAGCCUGCUUUCAAAUCCCACUUGCUCCAGCGGUAUGCUAUAACAUGUCUGAGAUGGUUGAUUUGAAAAUACAGUAUUUUAUUUUCAAAUGCAGUCCAUGACCAAUCAGCCUGAAUCGCCCCAGGCUGAAAUAGGCGGUGCUUGUCAGACCUGGAACUUGAUCCCCAUUCACAAUAGAAACGUCAAGGACAGAAGUCGUACUUAUUUUUCUUUUUUGCCCAUUCUCUCCAUUACAGCCAAUGAUUACACUUCAAUGUUACUUAAUUGUAAAGGUUUUUGAAAAGCGUUAUGUAAAUGCAGGUAUUAUUUUAGAGCAACCUGAAAAACUCUACGCCUAAAUUCGCACAUUCAGAAGUAAAAUUCAGAGUGCAGCGCUUGUGUUAUUCCCAUUCAAUCUUAAAUCUCUCCAAAAUUGACAUGAUACUCUCUCAUGCUCAUUAGGAUAAUUGAUUUCCGUUAUGAGCUCCUUCGCCCCCCACUAGCGUUGUUAAGGAGUUCCAAACCUAAGUUCCCUCUGACCAGUGUCCAUGAAGCACGCAGCUCCUCCUCCUCCUCCUCCUCCUGCACUGACUGACUCAUCGCGUUAAUUUCAUUCCAGCCGCUCAUUCCUGAAAUUUUUCCUGAACCUGUCACCAGUCUAGUUUCCAAAAUACUCCAUCUCCAAAAAUCCAACUUGGAAUGAAAGCUGCAGACAGCCCCCCCCCCCCCCCAAAGCGGUCAGCUUGAACCGGUUACCGAUGAACUGCCUCUGCAUUGAGUAAAGGAAGAGGAAGCAAAACGCGUUUGUUCACAACAGAUUUUUUUUAAAAAAAAACAAAGGAUUGUGGAAACCAGCCCGGCAUCCGAGAUUGGUAACUCCACAAAUAUUUCCGAUUUGUAGAUGUGCUGUGCUGUCCUCCAAGCUGAGGCUUGGAGACCCCAGACCAUUAAAAUAGAGACAAACAGUUGGAGCGAGGGCACCAGCCCUGACCACAACUCUGAGACAAUGAAUGACUCAAUUGAGAAGAAUUUGGACAAUGAUGCAGAGGGUGUGUGGAGUCCUGACAUCGAGCAAAGUUUCCAGGAAGCUUUAGCCAUUUACCCACCAUGUGGCAGGCGAAAAAUUAUCCUGUCGGAUGAAGGAAAAAUGUAUGGACGCAAUGAAUUAAUUGCGAGGUAUAUCAAGUUGCGGACAGGAAAAACACGGACACGCAAACAGGUGUCGAGUCACAUUCAGGUGCUUGCUCGAAGGAAGUCACGUGAGAUUCACAGCAAGUUAAAGACAAUCAAUAUGGAUCAGUCAGCAAAGGACAAAGCCCUUGCCAGUAUAGCAGCCAUGUCAUCAGCACAGAUCGUAUCAGCGACUGCUAUUCAAAACAAACUAGGCAUGUCAAAUAUGUCUCGUCCUUUUCCCAUCACAUCUGUGACUCCUGAGUUCUUUCAGUGUUGGCCAGGUGCUGUAACUUCGGGGGAAGCAGGCUCCUCACAAGAUGUGAAACCUUUCAUCCUACAACCAUUUGCUGUUCAACCAAAUGUAAACCAUUCCCCACUCUUGGCGGCUUGGCAGGGUCACUGCAUUGGAUCUGCAAAGAUCAGGCUUGUGGAAUUCUCUGCUUUCAUGGAGCAGCAAAGGGAUCCGGAUACUUACAAUAAACAUCUCUUUGUCCACAUCGGUCAGUCAAGUCCUUCCUAUAAUGAAGCUCUACUUGAAUCAGUUGACAUUCGCCAAAUCUAUGAUAAAUUUCCAGAGAAGAAAGGGGGAUUGAAGGAGUUGUUUGAGAAAGGAACACCAAACACCUUUUUCCUUGUAAAAUUCUGGGCUGAUCUUAGCAUUCAUACUCAAGAUGAAGCAGGUAUGUUCUAUGGAGUCACCAGCCAGUAUGAAAGUGCUGAGAACAUGACCAUUACCUGUUCCUCUAAGGUCUGCUCUUUUGGAAAACAAGUUGUAGAAAAAGUUGAAACAGAAUAUGCCCGGUUUGAAAAUGGCCGCUUUCUGUACCGAAUUCAUCGUUCUCCAAUGUGUGAAUAUUUGAUUAACUUUAUACACAAACUUAAGCAGCUCCCAGAGAAAUACAUGAUGAAUAGUGUCUUGGAGAAUUUCACCAUUUUACAGGUGGUAACCAACAGAGACACACAAGAACUCCUCUUGUGUGUUGCAUACGUCUUUGAAGUUUCGACUAGUGAACAUGGAGCUCAGCAUCACAUCUAUAAACUUGUGAAAGAUUAGACUAAAGCCAUGCUCUCAGUUUUGUUUCUAAACAUUGAGGAGGAGAAUCUGGAUCGGUUUGAGGUGCUAUCUUUUUCCCAUAUGCCGUUCUGCGAUUUCACCCACCACAAACCCAACCUCUGAGGCUGGUUUUCUGUACAAUACUAAACAACUCUAGUGAUCCGGUUUACAGUGACAACAGCCACAUCAAGCUUUUCUUGAAGGUUGUGCAGUGAAAAUAAGGACAUGUUUGGCUUUAACCAAAUCGUAAUCUUAAUUUGAUUGGACUGAUGGAGAAGCCCCAGCAGCAUUGUAUUUGUCUUCCACCUUUAAGGUGUAUUAAGUGAUUUGACGUUUGCUGUUAGCAAAUGAUUCCUUUUAUCUUGGUUGUUGAUUAGAAAUGAUUAUCACCUAGUUCAAACAAACUUUGGAUAAAAUUGGAAGAGACCCUACCAGAUUGGAAGAUUAAACAUUCACCCUGUGUAUUGGCAAACAUGUGUGUGUUCUGACCUCUCCAUACUUGCAUACCGCUGUGGGAACAGUAAAUAAAUUAUUUAUUUGGA